UAUUGUUUAGGCUUUAUAAAGUUUUUUUUUCAGCUUCCCAAGCAUGUCCUUUCCUCAUGUUUUCUUUGACGUGACCGCGGAUGGAGAGAAGCUGGGUCGCAUUUGCAUGGAAUUGCGUACGGACGUAGUUCCAAAGACCGCCGAGAACUUUCGAGCUUUGUGCACCGGAGAGAAGGGCUACGGCUACAAGGGCUGUCCAUUCCAUCGGGUCAUACCAAAUUUCAUGUGUCAAGGCGGAGACUUUACCAAUCAGAAUGGCACUGGAGGACGCUCCAUCUAUGGCCACAAAUUCCCGGACGAAAACUUUGAGUUGAAGCAUUCCGGCGCCGGCACCUUGUCGAUGGCCAAUGCCGGACCCAAUACGAAUGGGUCGCAGUUUUUUAUAUGCAUGGGCAAGACCUCGUGGCUGGACAAUAAGCACGUUGUUUUUGGCAAGGUAAUUGAUGGUAUGGAAGUAAUACGAAAGAUAGAAUCACUGGGCUCGAACUCUGGCAAGACAUCCAAGAGAAUUAUUAUUGAGGACUGUGGCGACUUGGAAAGCUAAAUAUUAGAUCUACAUUCAAAUACA